AAAUAGGCGUCAGCGGGUUUUCGGGAGCUUCAGAAGUGACUUGCUUUCCAAGCGUAGCGGAAGUACCGCGCUUGUCUGAAAUGGAUCGUAUUGGAUUAUUUGGUUUCGCCCUUCUUUUGAUCGGGAUAACGAUAGCCCACUGCUAUCCCCAAUUCGACAACUUAGAACAAUUGGGAACGCAAAGACAAAACCCCUGGUUACGUCCUCAGCAACCAAAUAGAGGCGGUAGCUCCACGACCACUUCCCGACCAACAACUCAGUCCCCGCAAUACUUCGCUUGCUUCCAGUCCUGUCCGGCGACCAGCGAGUACAAUCCCGUCUGUGGCAGUGAUAACGUAAACUACUAUAACGAAAACCGAUUCAACUGCGCCUUGACCUGUGGCUUGAGAAUCCAGCAGGUGCACACGGGCAUUUGUUAGAGCUAUAUUAUGGUCAAACAUUUGGCAACUUAUUAUAUUACACAAUCAGUCUGAUCGAUGACAUCAUCGAAUAAACACAAACACAUAAAAAGCUA